AUGGAAAGUCCCGAGGUUUUCAUAAUCCCUGGACUCCAGCAAGAAGAACAGUUGGCUGUGCAGAAGCGAAGCCUCGAGGUGCAGAAGGCCCUGAGAAAUCUCAGCAUUGAUGCUGAUGAGGCCCCGGUCAUCACGGUGCUGUGCUCCGGUGGGGGACUGCGGGCCCACAUCGCCUGUCUGGGCGUUCUGAGUGAGAUGAAGGAACACAGCCUGUUGGACACUGUCACCUACCUCGCCGCUGUCUCCGGGUCCACUUGGGCACUGUCUUCAUUUUAUGCCAACAAAGGAAACAUAAAGGAGACAGAGGCUGAACUGAAGCGGCGAUUCAUCGAGAAGGAGUGGAACUUAGGCAGUUGCCUGGAGAAAGCCAAGUGGGCGGCGUGGCUGGAGAGCUACUCCCUGACCGACUUCUGGGCGUACAUGGUCGUCUCCAAGCAAACCAGGGAACUGCAGGACUGCUGCUUGUCCAGCAUGAGAAAGCACGUGGAGGACGGGACACUGCCCUACCCGAUAUUUGCAGCCAUUGAUGACGACCUCAAAGCUGCUUGGGAGAAGAGAAAAACUCUGAAGAGCUGGUUCGAGUUUACCCCUCACCACGUUGGCUACCCAGCCCUCGGUGCCUACAUCUCCACCACCCUCUUUGGAAGCAAAUUUGAGAAUGGCGAGCUGGUCAGAUCUGAGCUUGAGAGAGAUAUGAGCUUCUUAAAAGGUUUAUGGGGAAGUGCUCUUGCUAGAAUUGACGAUAUUAAGAAUCAUCUUUAUAAUCUUUUGGCCAAGUUGGAAGAAACCUGGAAUAUGAAACACUUUGGAAGUUACUCAGAGGAAGGCAUGGGCAUGAGUGUGGAGAAAGCACUUGUGGAAGUGGUGGUGGCGUAUAUCGAAGAGCAGGAUGCCAGUAUCAUCCAGGAGAAGUUCAAGGUCCUGCAGCUGGCACUGGGCACUGAAAGCAAAGAUGAAGGCAACAAGGACCAAUCUGCCUGGCUGGCUUUAGAGACAGUGCAGAACUGGACUAAGAGCUCGGAGGAAGAGAGGAUCCGGUUCAUGGAGCAUCUGGUGCAGAGCUUAACCAGGCAAGAGCAGCUGCUCUCUCGUGGGGCCGUGAGUGAUUUCCUGACCUCGUGCAAGGACUUUGUUACCCUUUUCUGCAAAACAGCAAUCUGCUUGAUGAAGUGGGAAUGGGGGACCACUCACAACUUCUUGCACAAACAUGGUGGCAUCAGCGACGAGGUCAUGAGCGGACGGGAGUACCUGCACUUGGUGGACGCUGGCUUGGCCAUCAACACCCCCUAUCCGCUCGUUCUCCCGCCGACUCGGAAGGCUCACCUCAUCCUCUCCUUUGACUUCAGUGCUGAUGAUCCUUUUGAGACCCUCAAGGCUACUGCUGCCUACUGUGGCCUCAAUAACAUCCCCUUCCCCCCAUUGAAAGAGACCGAACUCCAGGAAUGUGCCAAAGCCCCCUCAGAUUGCUACAUCUUCAAAGGAGAUACUGGACCUGUUAUCAUGCAUUUUCCCUUGUUCAACACAAAGUCUUGUGAAGGUGAGGUCCAAAAGUGGGUUGACAACUAUGGCACCAUCAAACUGGCGGACAGCUACACUGAAGACGUGGUGGCGAAUCUCCUGGAAGUAUCCAAGAAGAAUGUCAGGAACAACAAGGAGAAUAUCCUUAGAGAGAUAAGGAACUUAACCAGUGACGUCUAUUUUGACUGGUCACAGCGCUGCAGGACGGAGGUCAGCCGCCCUGUGGACGCUGAGCCCCUGAGCAGUGAGCGCCGCCUCUAUAAUGCGCGCUGCUCAGGGGACUGGACACAACCCCGGGCACCUAGGUCAUCAGUGCAGGAAUUAAACCGGACAAGCUUCGGGUGCCACAUGUCUUGUGUUGGAGACUCCGAAUAUGCUGUCCUGGCCUCUUUGGGCGAGACUCGGAACUUCCUCCCUGGGGAUGAGACGGCGACUUCGGCUGUACACAACCCCGGGCACUUAGGUCGUCAGUACGUGUUCGCACACGGACCGCCUCUGCUGGCGGACCGCUCGCCUGGAAACCGAAAUGACGUCGAUUUUGACUGGUCACAGCGCUGCAGGACGGAGGUCACCCGCCCUGUGGACGCCGAGCACCUGGGCAGUGAGCGCCACCUCUAUAACCUGCGCCGCUCAGGGGACUGGACACAACCCCGGGCACUUAGGUCAUCAUUCCACUGCAGCCUGUUCGGCGUCCUGCCGGUCAGUAAGCUGCCGCUGACCGGCUGGUCACCCCAGAUCCCAGCUGUGUGGACUCCACGACUCCCUGCCCCGCACCUGCCGAGGGGACAGAGGACGGGCCGGAGACUGUGGAGUGAGCAGAUCCAGGCGCCUCUGCUCACCCCGGGCCCUGACAGGGAGCUCACGAGCUGGUUCCCUGAGCUGCGUGAGAUACAGAGACCCUCAGGUGCCCAGGGGAUCGGACACCUGGGAGUUCAAGGGGCAGCUGACCUCCGUCCUGCAGCACUGAGACCAGUCCUCUACACCCUCCCCACGUGGACGGGCCUGCUCCUCCUCUGGUCCAGCUCUGCCAGAGACCAGGCCCACAUCGCCAUGUGUCUACGGGCCUCGCACUCUACCCGCCGGCAGCCUGGCCCUGCCUGCUGCGCAGUCAGCCCUGAGAUCAGCGGGGCAACAGGUGGAAGGAGCUGA